AUGAGUCAAUCCAGUUCAAGCCGAAAGCGCUUAUCAAAAUCCAGCGGUAGCGGUGCGACCGGCAAGUCCAAGUCUUCCUACGAUCCUAAUUUCGGGCAGAACCUGAUCGACGCUGGUAUCUAUCCACACGAUGAGAUUUCACAACCUAAUAAUGCGCAAGAUAUCAGAGAAGACAUGGCCAUGCCUCGGGCUUCUUUAUCCCCUUCGCGAUUCGGUGAUGAGGACUUCAAAGCGUUUACAAGACUUUGUAACAGAGCAGGUGAUGAAGCGACUGUACGGGCUGAAAUCAUGUCCAUCAUUGCGGGCGAAUCGGGGAAAGAGCAUAAUCACGCGUCCGACCGCCUCUUCAACCACCUAACGCCGCUCGCCGACGUCCUACCCCAACCGAAACCAGACUUGUAUGAUGGCGCUUACCCUCAACAAAUCAAUCGGCGUGUCCGCCGUGACCUCGGAAUGCAGAUUGUCCCAUGCAACAACACUUCCCUACCGGCGGCACCAAACUUUUUCCUGGAGGGAAAGAGUGAGGGUGGUCGUGCCGACGUCGCUAAGCGGCAAGCUUGUCACGACGGGGCAGUCGGCGCGCGAGCUAUGCACAGUCUCCAGAAUUACCAAUCGGCAGAACCCCUAUACGAUGGCAACGCCUACAGUCUCUCGGCCACUUACCACCAAGGGACCGGAACGCUACAACUCUAUGCUCACCAUCUGACACCACCGAAGACCCCUGGAGAAUCCCCCGAGUGUCACAUGACACAACUGAACGGAUUUCAAUUGACUGGCAACAUCAAUUCCUUCAGAGAAGGAGCUGGUGGUUUCCGCAACAACCGAGAUCGGGCCAAAACCAUCCGAGACAAUUUCAUCGAUCACGCCAAUCAGAUAGCCAGUCGCGCACCUGCGGAUACUCCAUCAACCACAUUGACGGAGAGCCGUACGUCCCUGUCAGUGCUCCAAGAGGACGAGUCAGAUACUUCUUCUGAUGAGCUCGUUGCCGAGCAAACGACCACCAAACGCACGAGACAUGCUACUGUGGAGCAACCGAGGGACGCUGCCAUGCCGCUCACGACAGCGCCCUCCUCGACCAAGCAACUCAGUUAUGAGCCUACGAUCUCUCGGCAGCCAACGACAGGUGCACAUGAUGUGCAAACCAAUCAGCGUUCAAGGGCCUUAAUUGAAGAUGGAAGACCCCGGAGGCAGAUUAGACCGACGCAGAAGGUCCUGGAUAGCACUUAUGCCGAUACAGGUGGGCAUCAGAGACGAUAA